AUGGCAAAAAAAGCUCUCGCCAAGGACCAAUUCGUCAAACUCAUUGUCGGUGCCGGACAGGCCAGCCCGAGUCCUCCUGUCGGUCCUGCUUUGGGAAGUAAAGGUGUGAAGAGUAUGGACUUUUGCAAGGAGUUCAACGCCCGAACUGCCAACUUUGAACCCGGCACCCCGAUCCCAGCCUACAUCACCAUCCGCCCUGAUCGUUCAUUUGCCUUUGAGCUGCGAACACCUACUACAUCAUGGCUUCUAUUGCAAGCAUCCGGAGUAGCACCGCGCAAGGGCCGACUUCGUGGAGCUCAAAAUCCUGGUACUGAAGUGAUUGGGUCCGUGACUCUCAAACACGUGUAUGAGAUUGCCAAGAUUAAGCAUUCCGAAUUGAGGCUGUCAGGCUUGAGUUUGCAAGGCUUGUGUAAGAGUGUCAUUGCUCAAGCCAAGUCGAUUGGUCUCAAGGUUGUGAACUAA